CUACUUAAAGACAACUGCUCUGUUCUCUCUCUCUCCUUCGUCUCUAUCAAGCUCAUUUCUCAGAUCCGUAGGAUCUUCAUUUCCAUGGAGGCUUAAAAACCCUAGAAGAUAUUCUUUUACACAUCACUCAUCCGCUAGUGAAGAUAAAAAUCAUUUCUAGAGCUUCCUCUUUCUCUCUCUGUAUGAUCUGAAGCGAAUCGUCUUUAGAUUCUUCACCAAUCACUAUCAAAAGGACCUCUUUUUAAAGCUUUUCGAGACGAGCUGGGUUUCGGAUCCUGUGAGCUUCAGAGACGCUUACUGGUUUAUCAACAAGGCUUUCCCUUUGAAUCAAGCUUUGAUUGAGAAAGGAGUGAAAAGAUUUUGAUUUUGAUCAGAUACACAAAGUGUUCUUGCGUUAGUUAAGCGACUAGGUGUGUGUUGUUGUAGUGAAAGCUUCUUACUGUUGACAGUAUCUCGAAAUGGAAACGCUUAUUGUAGCUGUGGAACAUAGGGAUCAAUAUUAUGGGAAGAAAUCUCUUGGACAUGAUCGUUUUAGAUCAGCUCCUUCCAAAACUUUUAGGCAGAUCAAUUGCAGAACUUUUCAAUCUGGUGUGGGUUUGCUUCCAAGACCUAAGAGAACUUCUUCAACACCUUUAACCAAAGGAGCUCUUUCUCAAGUUCAGUCUCCUCGUUCUCCUAAGUCCGUUUUACCGGUUUUUCAUCAUCCAUCUGUUGACAGUGGUAGAACCAGUCCCAUUCCAAUUGCUAAUUGCAGAGGUUCUCAGAUCCGUAGGUGUUCUAGUGAGUUUGUUGACAAAAGGAGAAGCCUUUCUUAUUCUGAGCUAUGGGCAGGACCUACUUACUCUAACUCACCUCCACCUGCUUCUGUGCCGAUUCCUAAGUUUUCUCUCCAGCAAAAGAGGACGGUAUCUUUGACCUUUCCUGCUCCUGACUCUGCUGUUGAUAUUCGUGAAGUUGCUAAGUCUGCACCAGUUUCUCCAACCUCAUCUGGUGACAAUCCUUUUCGUAGUACUGUCUCUGCCACUAUGACACUGCGUCGCAUGCUCAAUCUUGAGCUUGAGACUGCAGAUGAAUGAAGAUCAGGAGCCUUUAGGGGGAACGGGGUUAGUUUUAGUUUUAUGCACAUAGAAAUAAGGUGUUAGUCACCAAGCUGGUUUGAGUUUGUUUCUUAGCUUUUAAUGGUGAUGGUAAAGGAAUACGUAAGCAGUCUUGACUCGGAGUUUGUCAGCAGUUACUGGAUCUCCUGGUGCAGAUUGGGGUGUUAUUAGUGGUGGAACAGCUGGUUAUAGCGAGUAGAAACAUUCAAGUAAUGGUGGUGUGUUAUUAAUGAUGGAAUAGCUGGUUAUAGUGGGUAGAAACAUUCAGGAAGCAGAUUCAUGUCGCGUAAAAGAGAAGACUUGAUUCUUGGUGUAGCAUAUAGGAUGGCCAAAAAAUUACCAGUCUAACAUAUACCCUGGGUGAAUGCUAAGUUCGUAUGGUGAUACUUGAACAUUAGCGUUUCCUCUUUGCCCUUUGUAUAGUUUCUUCUUAGAGUCGUCUUUUCCUUUUGGCUUCUUUAUCUUAAGUGGGUUAGAUAGCAUCUAGCUAGCUUGUAUAUGUAGUAGAGCCUUUGAUCAUACUGGGUUUCUGUUUCAUUCUUCCAAGUUUCGUCUUUUCGGGUUCUUAGUCUUACUGUUGUCUUGUAUCUCCCUCUCUGUCCAUAUCUUUAUCUUUAACUCUCUUUUUUAAGUCUUCUUCUCUUCCUUCUUAUUCAUUUCUGUCAAGCCUUAAAUGAUGUAAAUCUAACUACUCUCCUGCUAAGUGAUCUUCCUCUUCGCCUCGCUUCCUGUUUUUUUGAAAUGGAAAAAGGGAAGAGGAAGUUUUACUGACCCUCUUAGAGUCUUAGACUAUCUCUGCUGGUAAAGGUUCAUCCAGAUUCAAGCCAUUUCAGUCUCAACAUUAAUCCACUUCUUGUGAAGAAAAGACAUUCCUCAGGUUCUUACCUAGAACACCUUUGUCACGUUGGAGUUUUGUGAUCAUGCCUAAUCUGCUUACCAGAGACCUGGAGAAGCUACUGCUCCUCUGCUUUUGAUGCUGCUUCUUAGUUUCUUUGUCUCUCUACUAUCUUUGGUUGUUUUGUUAGAUAAGGAGACAAGUGUUGUCUGUGUGUUUGGAACUGUUGUGUGAAACUAUCCACAUAAGUUUGUUUCGUAUUGUCUUUUGUAGUUUGUGAUAGUGUUGUAGAGACGUUUUGAGUAUUUUAAUGGUGAAGGAUACGUAACCCUUGUUCCCUAUAAUUAUCAUCAUUUUCGAUGGUUUAUUUAUUGCCUAGUGAGAUUUGGUGAAGGUAUUUAGAGUCUACAAGUAACUUCACCAAUCUCACUAUGCAAUGUCUCAUAGAUUUGAGGUUCAGGUGUAUGUAACUAUGUAUAACCUUAUCUGAAACUCAGAUGGGCACAUGUAUUUUGUAAAAUAUUUUAAACAGUAGUCUAUUUAUCGAAAGUAGUCUUGUUCAUU